AUGCUUCCAAAGCUAUUCUUCAUCAUUUCUACACUAAUUUCCUCCUUCAUUUUCACUACUCAUUCUUAUAAUACCCAAUGCCUUCACGAUCAAAAAACCUUGUUGCUUCAGUUCAAGAACGACUUGACAUUCGAUUCUUCUCUUUCAACAAAAUUGGUGCGAUGGAAUGAAAGUGAUGAGUGCUGCAAGUGGCCCGGUGUGGAAUGUGAUGCUGCUGGCUACGUCGUUAGUUUGCAGCUCGAUAAUGAGUCCAUUAUUUCUGGUGGAAUCAAGGAUUCAUCGAGUCUGUUCAGACUUGUGCAUCUGCAGAAGCUAAAUCUAGCCCACAAUUUUUUCAACUACACUCCCAUCCCGAAAGGUAUUCACAAUCUCACCUAUUUGACACACUUGAAUUUAUCCCAUGCUUAUUUCGGUGGGCAGGUUCCCGCUGAAAUUUCUUCCUUGAGGAGGUUGGUUAGUCUCGAUAUCUCCUAUUUUACAACAUCUGUGAAACUGGAGAUGCUUGUCCGGAAUCUAACAGGGCUUCGAGAGCUCUAUCUUGAUUAUGCCUAUGUUACUUCCUCUCAUGAGAGGAGAAAAUGGAGCCACAUUAUAGCAUCAUAUUUACCCAACCUCACCGUGUUGAGCUUGACUGAUUGUGGUUUGUCUGGCCCUUUAGCUAAGUCCUUUGGGCAACUCCAUUCCCUUUCCUUCCUUCGACUAGAUUGGAACGAUCUUGGACCAGAACUUCCAGACUUGUUCGCCAACUUUCCAAGUUUGACCACCUUGAGUCUUUGUUUCUGCGGUUUGAAGGGUUCGAUUCCACCCACCUUUGCUAACCUAAUCAACCUUUCCAUCCUUCGACUAGAUUCUAACCCUCUUGGGACAGAACUUCCAGACUUGUUCCCCAAUUUUCCAAGUUUGACCACCUUGAGUCUUGUUAACUGCAGUUUGAAGGGUUCGAUUCCACCCACCUUUGCUAACCUAACCAACCUGAUUCAUCUCGAUUUGUCAGUUAACUUCUUCACAGGCUCACUUUCUUCUACGUUGUUUGAAGGCCUUUCCAAUAUUGUUUAUUUAGAUUUGAGGAUAAAUUCAUUCUCUGGCAAUAUUCCCCACUCUCUCUUUGCUAACCUAACCAAGCUGAUUAGUGUCGAUUUGUCAGGUAAUUCAUUCUCUGGGAACAUUCCCCACUCUCUCUUUGCUAACCUAACCAAGCUGAUUAGUGUCGAUUUGUCAUAUAAUUCAUUCUCUGGCAACAUUCCCCACUCUCUCUUUGCUAACCUAACCAAGCUAAUUCAUGUAUAUUUGUCAUAUAAUUCAUUCUCUGGUAACAUUCCCCACUCUCUCUUGGCUCUUCCUUCAUUGUUGAAACUUCAUCUUAGCAACAAUCAGUUUAAUGGCACUUUUCAACUGGACAAGUUUCUAAGUCUUUCCAAUCUUACCAUACUUGAUCUAUCUCACAAUAGAUUGUCAGUAGAUGUUGGCAACCUCAAUUCAACUUCAUAUGGAAGUCUCCAACUAAAAUACUUAGGACUAGCUUCUUGUAACUUGUCCCAUUUUCCUAAUUUCAUCAAACAUUCUGAUGAUUUGGGAACACUAGACCUCUCAUACAAUCGGAUUGGUGGGGAGAUACCUAGUUGGAUUUGGGGAGCACAACUUGGGUAUUUGGACCUCUCUUUUAAUCUUCUAACAGAUCUGCAAAAGCCUUACCAUAUCCCUGCUUCUCUUGAAUACCUAUUCUUGCAGUCUAACCAGCUCAAGGGUGAGUUGCACCUGCACAUUCCACCUGCGUCUCAACUCUUGUUCUUAUUUCUUGCUAAUAACAGUUUUAGUGGAUCGAUUUCAACCUCCCUUUGCAGUUAUAUGAUGCUCGAUGUUCUUGAUUUGUCUGGCAAUAGAUUAAGUGGCAGCAUACCCCCUUGCUUACUUGAAAACAUUUCAGAGUUAGAUCUAAGCCAAAACAACAUCAGCGGUAGCAUUCCAGAUGAUUUUCCUAUGGAUUGUUGGCUAUCAUAUUUGGAUGUUAACAAUAAUGCUUUAGAAGGGAAAAUCCCAAAGUCCCUUGAAAGAUGCGAGUGGUUGGUGUUCAUGAAUGUUGGGAACAACAACAUCACUGACAGUUUCCCGUGCAUACUAUCAUCGAUGUUGCGAGUUCUUGUUUUGCACUCUAACAGAUUCCAUGGGGAAGUAAGAUGUGACAACAGCUGGGAAGAUCUCCAAAUUCUAGAUAUAUCUUCCAAUCAGUUCAGUGGAAAUCUGGAAUCGAUAAACUUUUCUAGUUGGAAGACAAUGAUGCUACAGAGUGAUGAACAAUUGAGGUACUCACAAUUGUGGUUUUCAUUAAGCAUCACAUUAAUCAUGAAAGGGACAAAUUCAGAGUAUCACACGAUUUGGCCAGAGUUUGGUAUCAUUGAUUUCUCUUGCAAUAAUUUCGGAGGAGAGAUACCAAAUGCAAUUGGUGAUCUUACCUCACUUCAUCAGCUCAACCUCUCCCACAAUGCCCUCAAUGGAAGCAUCCCAAACUCAUUUGGUCAGUUGAGGAAUCUCGAAUCACUCGACCUCUCUGUAAAUCGACUCAUCGGGUCAAUACCAGUGGAGCUUGCAGGGCUCACAUUUCUUCAAGUCCUGAAUCUGUCCUACAAUAAGCUGGUUGGAGAGAUCCCAAAUGGGCGUCAGUUACAAACAUUUUCAGCUGAUUCCUUCAAAGGAAAUGCGGGGUUGUGUGGUUUCAAUCUCAACAUAAGCUGCAGUACUGACAGUGAUGACAGUGAUCAUUUGUCGCCAGAAGAAGAUGAAAACGGGGAAGAGAAGAGUGAGAUCGAGUGGGAGUAUGUAUCUUCUGCGCUUGGUUAUGUUGUGGGAUUAGGAAGCAUUGCAUGGACGCUUUUAUGCCGCAGAAGCUUCAGAGAAAGAUAUUUCGAGAAAAUAGAAGAGAUUGUUGACAAGAUUUUCUACGAGAGAGCCAGGAGAAGAAGACAUGAAAGAAGAAGAAAAAGAGUAGAGAUGAGAAAAGAGAUUAGGAGACAGCAGAGAAGUUGA